AGGCAUUAUGGUUAUUUGACAAGACUAUGUAGAUUAUACUUUAAAAUUUCAGAUUAAAUUUCUGUAUGACUCACUUAAAUUAGAACCGUCAAAAUCAGCAUGAGCCUGAAACAAGGGAAAAAAGAUACAAAAAUGCGUAUUCGGGCUUUUCCAAUGACGAUGGAUGAGAAAUAUGUCCAGAACAUCUGGUCUCUUCUUAAAAAUGCCAUCCAAGAAAUCCAGAAGAAAAAUAACAGUGGUCUUAGUUUUGAAGAGUUGUACCGCAAUGCAUACACUAUGGUUUUGCAUAAAUAUGGCGAGCGGUUAUAUACUGGUCUUCGAGAAGUUGUAACUGAUCACCUUGUAAAUAAGGUUCGUGUUGAUGUUUUGUCAUCUUUAAGAAACAAUUUUCUUCAAACACUAAAUCAAGCCUGGAAUGAUCAUCAAACCAGCAUGGUUAUGAUAAGAGAUAUUCUGAUGUACAUGGAUCGAGUCUAUGUUCAACAAAACAAUGUAGAUAAUGUUUAUAACCUUGGUUUAAUAAUUUUUCGAGAUCAAGUUGUUCGUCAUGGAUACAUUCGAGAUCAUUUGCGUGAAACUCUCUUGGAUAUGGUGAUGAGAGAAAGGAGAGGUGAAGCAGUUGACAGGUUAGCAAUUAAAAAUGCAUGUCAAAUGCUGAUGAUUUUAGGCAUAGAUUCAAGAUGUGUUUAUGAAGAAGAUUUCGAAAAACCAUUUCUGUCCCAGUCAGCAGAUUUUUACAGGAUGGAAAGUCAAAAGUUCUUGGAAGAAAAUAGUGCAUCAGUAUAUAUUAACAAAGUAGAACAAAGAAUAAAUGAAGAAGCAGAGCGUGCCAAACUUUGUUUAGAUGAAUCUACUGAAGAACUUAUUGUGAAAGUUGUUGAAGAAGAACUUAUUAGUAAACAUAUGAAAACCAUUGUAGAGAUGGAAAACUCCGGUGUUGUCCACAUGUUGAAAAACCAAAGAACUGAAGACCUUGCUUGUAUGUACAAACUUUUUAGUCGAGUCCAUGACGGAUUAAAAACAAUGGUAGAAUGUGUUAGUGCUUACUUGCGAGAACAAGGUAAAGCUCUUGUCACUGAAGAUGAAGGAGGAAAAGGAGAUGCUUUAACAUUUGUCAAGAGCCUUUUGGACCUUAAAGAUCGAUUUGACCAUUUUUUGUUUCAUUCAUUUGGUGGUGACAGAUUCUUUAAACAGAUGAUUGCUGCGGAUUUUGAAUAUUUUCUUAAUUUGAAUCCCAAGUCUCCAGAAUAUCUUUCCCUUUUCAUUGAUGAUAAAUUGAAAAAAGGUGUCAAAGGAAUGACAGAGCAAGAAAUAGAACAAGUUUUGGACAAAACAAUGGUAUUGUUCAGGUAUCUUCAAGAAAAGGAUGUCUUUGAACGUUAUUACAAACAACACUUAGCCAAAAGAUUAUUGUUGAAUAAAAGUGUAUCGGAUGAUUCUGAAAAGAAUAUGAUUUCUAAAUUGAAGACUGAAUGUGGAUGCCAAUUUACUUCUAAGCUAGAGGGAAUGUUUAAAGACAUGUCUGUAUCAAAUACUAUGAUGGAAGAAUUUAAAGCUCAUGUAGUCACAUCUGGUACAAACUUAUAUAAUGUGGACUUAAACGUAAGAGUUUUAACUACUGGUUUUUGGCCAACGCAAGCUGCAACACCAAAAUGUAACAUACCUAUGGCUCCAAGAAAUUCUUUUGAAGCAUUUAGAAGAUUUUAUCUUGCUAAACAUUCCGGUCGCCAGUUAACUUUACAGCCACAGUUGGGAUCUGUGGAUCUUAAUGCUAUUUUUUAUGGCCCACGAAAAGAAGAGGGUGAAAUGAAAGACAGUACUUGUAUUGUUCCAACAUCAGCUGAGCGUAAUACUUCUCCUCGAAAACACAUAAUUCAAGUGUCUACUUAUCAGAUGUGUGUGUUAAUGCUUUUUAAUGCAAGAGAAAGAUUAACUUAUGAGGAAAUCUCUAAUGAAACAGAUAUUCCAGAGAAAGAUUUAAUACGGGCUCUUCAGUCAUUAGCUAUGGGUAAAACUAAUCAGAGGAUACUGAUAAAAACUCCAAAAACUAAAGAAAUAGAACCAAGUCAUCAGUUUACUGUAAAUGACUCCUUCACAUCUAGGCUGCAUAGGGUAAAAAUUCAAGCAGUUGCUGCUAAAGGUGAAUCUGAACCGGAGCGAAAAGAAACACGAAGUAAAGUAGAUGAAGACAGGAAGCAUGAGAUUGAAGCAGCAAUAGUGAGGAUAAUGAAAGCUCGAAAACGGAUGGCGCAUAGCAUUUUGGUGGCUGAAGUAACAGAACAAUUGAAGUCCAGGUUUUACCCAAGUCCUAUUAUUAUUAAGAAAAGAAUAGAAGGUUUAAUAGAACGAGAAUAUCUUGCGAGAACAGCAGAAGACAGGAAAAUUUAUACUUAUGUAGCAUGAGAACUGGAAUGAAGAAAUUCUUAGGUAUUUGUAAUGUUAUAAACUUUUUAUGAUCAUGGGGAUACAAGUUAUCCUUUAAAAUUUUUUCAUAUGCUCACUUUGAACUUUGUAAAUUAAGAAGCAUAUGGAAGUUUUCUUGAAUCUUCAUGUACUACAUGCAUUUGGCAUCGAUUCAACCAUGUGAAGAAGGAAGCAUAUGUAUUUUUUCUUUUUGACAUUACACGCAUAUUUCCUUUUUGCUCAUGAACUAUGGACCUGAAAUGGCAACAUGUAGUUUUCACCGAAUCAAUCCAUGAAGAUCGGUUGCUUAAAAUAAAGCAUUGUUAACUAAAGAAUAUAGCCUUCUAUGACAUCCUGAAAAAUAAAGUUGAUGCAAUUGGUAAUGAACUUCUGGUUUUUUCCUUGAACUGAAAAUAUCUAGCCAAUUUUUUCAAUUUUAAUUUUUUACAAUAUAGAAAACUAUUUUUCCUAUAUCAUUUUAUAUUUAAAUAAUGCUACUGCAACAUUUUAUUUUUUUAUCUUAAAGUAAAAUGAAAAAAAUGGCUGUAAUGACAUAUCUUCAUUACAAGUAGUAUAUUGCAACAAAAAAGUUAUCAACAAGUAAUUGCAAUCUACACAUCAUAAGUGAAAUGCAGUUCGCAAUGCAUCGGCCCCGAUAUUAAACAUUUAAUCCUGUUGCUUCUAAUUUGUAGACCUUAGCCUUUUUAUGUAAAUUAUAGA